AUGGACACACCAAACGAACCUACGGGAAAGAUGCAACUACACAACCUAGACUACAUGCCGAACGCAGGACUGCAAGCGCAAGCAAAGUCCUGGAUCAAAGUUUUUAAAAUGUUCGAGAACACGCCCAAACCUUAUACGGAAGAAUUCCAGCACCCCUACAAUCGCCCACGAGCAGCUCAAAUUGGUCAACAAUUCACCAUUACCUGUUGUACUCUCAAUAUUUGCAAUCAAUAUAUUACACCUGUCGAACUAUCGAACGCCUUAAGUCCGUUUUAG